GAUAUAAAUUCGAUUUCACUCGACAAAGUUUGAUUGCAAAUGAAAGUUGAAGGACACGUCGUGAAUUAAAUCAGGUUUUUUAUAAAACAAAAAAAAUGAAGUUGUUUAUUAUUUUGAGCUUUACUCUCUUAAUUUUGCAUGAUGUGUCAACAAUGUUGAACAAAUCCUCAAGGAGCAACCAUAAAAAUAAGGCUUCAAUAACAGCGUCAUUGCCAGUAUCAUUGUGGUCACUAAUACCAAUGUCCUCUUUGAGUGGAAUAGUUCGCAUGAUUCAGGCAAAUAUUAAUUCUGAAAAUGUUCGACAGGCUGCUAUACAAUACAAAGGUACUACAUGGAUGGAGAGAUGCUGUGGCAUGCAAGGAACGAAUUACACCAAUAUGUUCAAACAAUUUCAAAAAACUUCACCAAAAUAUCCAGAAAACGACGAAAAUAUUGAUUUUCUAAUGGACAUUAUUGAAAGUGUGAAUAAUAUGAUAAGUGUGUUUGAACUUCAUUACAAUGCAGAUCAUGACCAUGGAUAUCUUCUGAACUGGCUUGUGAAUGAUGUAAAUGAUCUAGAAAAACACGCAGACAAAUUGAAGAAGCUACACGAUAGCCGGGGAAUUUCGAAAAUAUUGAAAGAAUUAAUUCAGAGAGUAUGUGUCGAUAUUCAUACAAAUAUUUGCUGGUUAAAAGGAUCAAAAGAUGAACAUAAGCCAAUCAUAUUUCCCACCGAGACUGAUUCGGACAGUGAAGAGAAUGAAGAGUGAGAUAAAAAUUCGAUUUGAUUACUUAUAUUUUCUACAAAAAUGAAAUAUAAAAAUCAAGUAAUUAUGUACUGAUAACAUUACGUGGCAGAUAUAGUUACUUUAGUGAGUUUAUGUCAAAACCUUAUCGUAAAUUCAAUAAAAAAGGUUUAUUCUCGAAAAAAA